GAAUUCUUAUCAAAUGAUCUCCCACUUCAUCCCUGUAUUCAGUUUUUGAUCAUAAGCUAAUCAAUCAUGUUGUGGAGUAUACUAUCUUCAUUUCACCGGUUUCAUUGCAAUUUUGUUCAAACUUUAUGUCAUCAGCAUCAUUUACUUGGGAUUAGAGUAAUGCCAAGUUGUUCACGCCUAAGAAUGAGAAGUUUAUCGAGUGGAUCAAAUAUCUUUAGUAUUGAUGAGAAACCAGAAGCUCCAGAAGCAGAUUUCGUACACCGACAUAUUGGUCCAUCUGAGAAAGAUAUCAAUCACAUGCUCCAAUUUUGUGGUUUUAAUAGAAUUGAAGAUUUUAUAUCCAAAGUAAUACCAGAUAGUAUAUCACUAAAAAGGGAUUUGAAAUUAGAAAAUGAAACAAGUGAAGUAGAACUCAUCAGGCGUUUAAAGUUGCUCAUGAGCAAGAAUGAAGUUUGGCGUUCUUAUAUUGGACAAGGAUAUUAUGGUACUGUAACACCAUCUACAAUACAACGUAAUAUAUUUGAAAAUCCCGGUUGGUACACUUCCUACACACCAUAUCAACCUGAAAUAAGCCAAGGUCGUUUAGAAUCACUAUUUAAUUAUCAGACAAUGAUAUCAGACUUAACGGGUUUGGCGAGAGCAAAUGCAUCACUGUUGGAUGAAGGUACAGCAUCUGCAGAAGCAAUGUGUAUGGCAGUCAGAUAUACAAACAGAAAAAGGUUUCUCCUCGAUAGGAGAUGCCAUCCACAAACUAUGAAUGUCGUCACAUCUAGAGCAAAGAACCUUAAUAUUGAAAUUGAAGUUGUUUCCAUAGACAAUGUAGAACACGUAAAAGAAAUUAUUAGUACUGGACAGUUCUCUGGAUAUCUACUACAGUAUCCAGAUACAGAAGGUAAUAUAUGGGAUGAGAAAAUACGUGCAGUUGCUGAACUAACGAAAUUAAACAAGACGCUUCUCAUCACAGCAACCGACUUAUUGGCUCUUACGCUUAUUGAAUCACCUGGUAGUCUAGGUGCUGAUAUAGCUGUUGGAUCUUCACAACGUUUCGGAAUACCAAUGGGUUUUGGAGGACCCCAUGCAGCAUUUAUUUCGUCAACUGAAGCACUUACCAGAUUAUUACCAGGAAGAAUAGUUGGUCUUUCCAAGGAUGCGAUGAGCCAACCUGCGUAUCGACUUGCCUUACAAACGCGGGAACAACAUAUUCGUAGAGAUAAAGCCACAAGUAACAUCUGCACAGCUCAAGCAUUACUUGCUAAUAUGGCUGCUUUCUAUGCUGUUUAUCAUGGUCCGAAAGGAUUAAAGCAAGUAGCUUCACGUAUCCAUAGAAAUACUUUACGUUUAGUAUCAGCUCUAGAAAAUGCUGGUUAUAAGAUUGCCAAUCAGACUGCGGUAUUUGAUACAAUCAAAGUAUUACCAAAUUCUAAACAAAAUUGUCUUCAGUCUAUUCAAAGAAAAGCAUUCGAAAAACGAGUAAAUCUCUUAUACUAUCCAAAUGGUGGGGCAGUUGGUUUAUCAAUAGAUGAAACUCUAACUGUUGAAGAUUUUAACGACCUAAUGUACCUUUUCGGAGCAACUUCAGUGAAGCCUCAGGAACAUUCAAUUUUCGCUAUUAACACAUAUCCUAAUUUGAUACGUAAAACUAGCUAUUUAACACAUCCUGUAUUCAAUUCAUUUCAUUCGGAGACUGAAUUAUUACGAUAUAUGAAAAAGCUCGAGAAUAAAGAUAUUUCUUUAGCACAUUCUAUGAUACCGUUAGGCUCUUGCACUAUGAAAUUAAAUGGUACUACUGAACUACUUGCUUGCUCAUGGGAUAAUGUCAACAAGUUGCAUCCUUUCGUACCGAAAAAUCAAGUUACUGGUUAUUUGGAAUUGAUUGCACAACUAGAAAAUGACAUCAAAGAGAUAACUGGCUAUGAUUAUGUUUCUCUUGCACCGAAUAGUGGAGCACAGGGUGAGUACGCUGGGUUAAAAGCUAUCAGAGGAUAUUUGGAUAGAAAAGGUGAACAUAAACGUACAAUCUGUUUAAUCCCUACCUCAGCACAUGGGACGAAUCCUGCUAGUGCUCAAAUGGCUGGAAUGACUGUUAAACACGUGAAAACUACAUCGACUGGUAGUCUAGACAUGAACCAUCUAGAAGAACAAACUUCUCUAUAUAAAGAUCAUUUAGCAGCCAUUAUGAUCACCUAUCCAAGUACAUUUGGUGUAUUUGAUAGUAAUGUUCAAAAAGUGUGUGAAAUCGUUCACGAAGCUGGUGGACAGGUUUUUAUGGAUGGUGCCAAUUUGAAUGCACAGGUCGGCUUAUGUCGCCCUGCUGAUAUCGGUUCAGAUGUUUCGCACAUAAAUUUACACAAAACAUUCAGUAUUCCACACGGUGGAGGUGGUCCUGGUUGUGGCCCUGUUUGUGCCAAGUCGCACUUAGCUCCAUUUCUUCCCCAGCAUUAUUUAUACGAUCAUACUUGUGUGAGUCGUUCUGGUCACAAAAUGAACACCGAAAAUAAAUCUUCUGAUCAUUUCGCAAUUUGUUCUGCUCCAUUUGGUUCCGCAAGCUUAUUACCAAUAUCAUGGGCGUAUAUGAGGCUGUUAGGCCCGAAAGGUUUGAAGAGAGCAAGUCAGACGGCUUUGUUAAAUGCUAAUUAUAUGCUCAAGCGUCUCCGAGAUUAUUAUAAUAUACGCUAUGUAAACAGCGCGGGGAUGUGUGCACAUGAAUUUAUAAUAGACUGUUCACAAUUCUCUAAACAGAAUAUUGAUGUGAUUGAUAUUGCAAAACGACUAAUGGAUUAUGGUAUGUAUCAUGAACUAGGUUUUGAAUUUUUUUCCUUAUUUUAACCAGGAUUAGCAAUUGCUUUCAGAUACGGAAUUCGAGAAAAUAACUAGGUCUUUGUUAUGAUAAAGUCGCUUUAUGCAUUUAGUGCCAACGAUAGUGGCAUUGUAACCUCAUUGAGAAUAAAUAGCUAUGUCCGGCGUUGGAAGGUAGUUUGUCUCACUUUUAUACAGGAUUAGGUGUUUUCAGAUAAAGCCUAUUUUGUUCUCAAUUUUACAACGGUUUCUUGCACCUAGGAUUCCACUUCAAACGAUUCCCCAUAAUAAAAAGUUGAAGUAGAUUAAGAAUUAGCUGGUAACACGAAUAAGCACUUGCUCCUGUCAAGAUAUCAGAAGUGCAUUGAAAGGGAUACAGUAGGUGAUUAUUAUAAGUUUCAGCCUAUCGAGUGGUAUAUCUCCAUUAUAUUUUAAUGCCUUUAUAAUCUAGUAAAAAUAUUCAUGAAUCUCCUGGUCAGUAAUUAAAAGUUCACCACAAUUGUCGAGUUUCUACAGAAUACUAGAACUUCGACCACUUCUUUAUACACCGAGUUUCACUAACCCCUAAUAAUCAGUAAUCUGAAAUCACAUCGAAAUCAUCUACCUGAGCUAUAAAUAUUCUCCACCAUCUUACAUUCCGUCUUAUUAUCUAUUGACUUAUCAAGGCAAUAAUCUUGUAAAUAAUAAGUAUAAUUGUCAAGAUUAAAAGAAAAUAUUUGAUGUGCUCGUCUCAAAAUCUUCGAUAUUUAGGACAGAUAAAUACUGAAGCAAUACCAGUUUACUAACAAGUUGAAGAUCUUCUGCAGCAUUUUUAUUAUCUAUUUCUACUGAAAAAAUUAGUGUAUUUGCAAGUAAAUUUAAAUGACCCAAUUUUUUAUUACCCGAAAAUUUUAUAAAUAAAUCCACUGAACAUGAUUGAGGUUAUGGCGAUUCGACUGUGCGAUUGCGGAAACCACCAAUCAUUUGGAACUGAUUUCAUCUUAAUAAUGAAAUUUUGGCCUACCUAAAGUCCGUAUUAAGCUUAUCAUUACUGUGUACAGCUACUUAUAUCAGUCACUAGUGGAUAAUUGACUGUACAAAAUUUGUAAAUUCUUCUUAAUUUAGACCCCUCAGCUACUAUAUCUCACUGUGACAUCUUAACAGUUUUCUAGUAAUUUGAUUUAAUAAUCCCAUGAUGAGUAGUAUUUUUAUGUUUAUUAUCUUCAAUCCACAUAUACCAGACUUUAUACCUACUAUUUCUGUACCUAGUAGAAAUGGGAAGUCAGCCGAAAAAAGCUAUGAGAAGAUAAAAAUGGAAAUUCAAGGCGGUAUAGCCAAUCGUUAAAUUUAAAUUUUGACAAAAUUCUUACUUUUUAUGUGCCAUAGUUUAUUUCACGAAUGAUAAUUAAGUCAACAUAAAUAGAUAUUGAUUUAGUAUCUGAACUUGGAUGAUUAAGUUGUUGCCUUAAGCGACUCCGCAAUUUUUUCCUAUUGAUCUCUUAUUUUCGAGCAUAAAGUAGGCAGAUCAUUGCAAUAAUUAGAGAAGGAACCUAACUUGGAAUAUUUUUGGUUACCUAAAUGGUUCUCAGUUCUGCUUCGAUUUGUAUAUAAACAAUAUUGAUACAACAAGCAUUGGUUUACUCAACUGCCGAACAAACUGAAUAUGACAAUAUUGUGAAAUUCAUGAUAAACAAGUUAUCUUUUUUUCUCACAUUACUUUUGAAACCAAACAAAUGGAGGUUUCCACAGCCCAACUAUGUCAUGGCCUGUGACAUCAAGUCUAAUGAUUGAACCCACAGAGAGUGAACCUAAAGCUGAGUGCGACCGUUUAUGUGAAGCACUUAUUUCGAUCAGAGGAGAGAUUGACAAGGUGACCAAAGGAGAGUGGGAUAUCGAAUGUAAUCCAUUAAAAAUGGCUCCGCAUACUAUGGAAACAGUAAUGGAUUCAAAGUGGGACAGGCCAUAUACACGCCAAGUGGCAGCAUUUCCAGCCCCAUGGCAAAAUAUGAAAGAUGAAUCAGUAAGUAAACGUUCAAAAUUGUGGCCAACUGUAAGUCGGUUAGAUGAUGUAUACGGUGAUCAACACUUGGUAUGUACGUGCUCUUCACUUCUGGAAAAUGAAACCAACUCCAAACUCUAAUUUUGAAUUAGCAUUAAACUUCUAGUGAGGAAAAUUCAAGAUAAUUCAUGAAAAUAUUGAGCUUUUUUUAAAACCAAUCGAAUUUAAAUCAGGGGUUUACUACUUUUAAUAACUGGUUUUUUGUGUAGAAAAACGUGUAGCUGAAAAAUAAAAUGUUCCUGCUUAAAAAUUUGGUUUCUACCACUACAGAACCCUAAAGAUGGCAACUAAAGCUGGAAGCUUACCGUAUAAAUCCCUAGAAUUUAAGUCUCAGU